AUGCGCUUAGAAGACGAUGUGCGAGAUGCCAUGAAAAAAAGAAACUACAAAAGAGUGGAGAGCAUAUUCUCUAAGCACUUAAACAGCUCUUUCAGCGUGGAUCUCUACACCGAGUAUCUAGCCUAUGUCAGCUCGACAAACAAGGACCUAAUGAAAGAAGCCAUUUCUGUGGCAUACACGCGCACUCUGUACAAUAUCCACAGCGUAGACAUAAAGAUCCGGUACUUGGAGAGCCUAAUGGAAGAUGAGGAUGCAGAGAGGGUUAAAGAGGCAUACGUCAAGAUUGUGCAGAUUCCCAUUCUGAAGGUCGACACCGUAAUAGAGCUGUACAAGAACUACGAAAGCAGCAAGACCAAGCACCAGAAAAAAGAAACCGACUUGCUUUCAAAAGAGGCUGCGGCCAUGGACGAGGCAAAGAAGCUGCAGCACAUUCCCACGGCAAUUGCGCUUUUGGAGUACGUUAUAGAGCAGCACAAGAGCAAGCACUUUAUGUACACUGCAGAGUGUGUGCUGUACAACAUAGACAGCGUGCUGAACACAGACAGCACCACCAGCCGAAAUAAAAGCCGGAUGUAUCUAUAUAAGAUCCUGCUGCUGUCGAAAACCGGCGUGGAGAAGGACACCAUUGUAGACAAGCACAGCAAGGGGAUAGUGAUUUCUAAGGGCGUGUCCGAAAAGAACGAAAAGAUAUGCGACAUGCUGUGGGGAGCCAUCCGGAGCGGAGGCGACCUGCUGCCUUUGGUUUUUAUGCUUUUGGGCCACUCGGGCGACGUAGACCGGAUUUUGGAGCUGGCGCCGCCCGGCAUAACCAAAAAAAGCGAGUCUUUCUACCUGAUUCUGUUCAGCGCCAUUCUGAAGUACAUGGGAAUUAACGGCAUGCGCAAGUAUCUGAUAGCCUUGGCAAAGGACAAAAAAAUAGGGUAUGUGGUGUACAACUACUGCGCAACCGUAGAGGGGCUUAUUGGCGGAGGAAAUAAAUACGCAGGAGGAAUCAUAUUAACGGCCUUUAAAACAUUCCUUAACUCACAUGAAAAAAGAGCUUCAAGCUGUAUAUCUUCCCAGGAAAACGCAUACAGAAUCGCAAUGGACGGGACGCAGCUGCUUCUCUCGCUGGGAGACGUGCAGAGGGCCCACAUUCUCAUAGACCUAUACAACAGAGAGAUUGGGCGGAGCAAGGUGCCUCCCCCAGCGCGGAACCAAGAAGAGACAGAUCCAAAGAUGGUCAUGGUGAAGCACCAGGUGCUGUACGAGUCCGGGCUUACCGCGGCUGUUUCUUUGGCAGGCGAGUAUGCGUACCCCGAAAUAUUUGACGCUCUCUGCAGAAUAUACAAGGUGCAAGAGGAUGAAGAGAUGAAGCUGCCCUCUGUCAUUAAGAAGCUGAUUGGCAUGCUUCCAAAGAUUUCGGAAAACCAGAACAUAUUUACGUGCGUGGAUCUAAACAGGUUUCUGCACAUUCUCGUGGACAUAGAGAUAUAG